AUGGUAGCGAUUGAAGUCCUGGAUGAAGAAAUAAUUACUAUUUCGAUAUUUGCUAAAACAACUGGUAAUUCCAUUACAUCUAUCUAUCUAUCUAUCUAUCUAUCUAUCUAUCUAUCUCCGUCUCUUCGUUAUCUAUCUAUCUAUCUAUCUAUCUAUCUGACUGUGUAUCUUCUGUACAUUAUCUAUCUAUCUAUCUAUCUAUCUAUCUAUCUAUCUUCUUCCGUCUUUUGUUAUCUAUCUAUCAUCUAUCUUAUUCUUUUUAUAUCUCUACCUAUCUAUAUCAGUUUUUGGUAUGUAUGUAUCUAUAUAAUUAUCUAUAUCUUCUAUCUAUCUCCGUCUCUUUGUUAUCUAUCUAUCUAUCUAUCUAUCUGUCUAUCUAUCUAUCUAUAUCUCUAUCUAUCUAUCCGUAAACAUAUAUCUAUCUAUCUCAGCCUGGUCUUCUGUUCAUAUCGAUAUAUUGCAUUCUGUUCAUGUUCUAUUAUUCAUCUAUCUAUCUAUCUAUCUAUCUUAUUUAUUCUUUUCAUAUCUAUCUUAUUCUCCAUAUGUAUCUAUCUAUCUCCUAUGUUUAUCAUCGUUAUCUAUGUAUGUAUCAUAUGCAUCUAUCUAUCAUAUUUUCUAUUGGUCUAUCUGUUCAUAUCGAUAUCUAUCUGUUCAUCUAUCUAUCUAUCUAUCUAUCUAUCUAUCUCCGUCUCUCCGUCUCUUUGUUAUCUAUCUAUCUAUCUAUCUAUCUUAUUCUUUAUAUCUCUCGCUAUCUUCCUUCUAUCUAUCUCUAUCUAUCUAUCUAUAUCUAUCUCCGUUUCUCCGUCUCUUCAUUAUCUCUAUCUAUCUAUCUAUCUAUCUAUCUCAGCCGGGUUAUUAUCUAUCUAUCUAGCUAGCUAUUAUCGUUAUCUAUCUAUCUAUCUAUCUAUCUAUCUCUAUCUAUCUCUAUCUAUCUCCGUCUCUAUCUCAGCCUUAUUAUCUAUCUAUCUAUCUAUCUAUAUCUAUCUAUCUCCGUCUCUCCGUCUCUUCGUUAUCUAUCUAUCUAUCAUCUAUCUAUCUAUCAUGUAUCCGUGUAUCAGUUCGUUAGUUGUAUGUACUAUAAACCAUUUUUCUAUCUAUCUAUCUAUCUAUUUUUAUCUAUUUUCCGUCUUCUAUCUAUCUAUUCUGUCUAUCUAUCGUCUAUCUAUCUUUUCUCCGUCUCUUCCUUAUAUCUAUGUCUAUCUAUCUAGCUAUCCCCGCCUAUUCGUUAUCUAUCUAUCUAUUUCUAUCUUUUAUCUCCGUCUCUUCGUUAUCUAUCUAUCUAUCUAUCUCCGUCUCUCCGUCUCUUCGUUAUCUAUCUAUCUAUCUAUCUAUCUAUCUAUUGGUCCUCACCAUUGUCCAAAUAUGAUGUAUAUCUGA